CAAGCAUCCAUUUGAGAUCUUGACAACUACCACAAUCCUUGUCUUCGACUACCGGUCACUUACACCACUUACACCACUUGCACCAAUUACAACACUCAAGACCUUCAAAAUGGUUGCUGCUCCCAUGAUCAAGCCUACUGCUGGCCCUAAGGCCCUCCCUCUUCUUCUCGUUGUCGGAAGCGUCUCAGUUGUCGGCACCUACGUUUCCUCCCAGCUCAGGACACAAUCCCGCACAUUCGACCGGUACUUUAGCCAAUACAACAGCACCCAGAGCGAAGCGGCCCGGGCAAAGACCUUUGACGGUUCUGUUCCUGACCCUCGCACGAGCAUCUUUAACAUUCUCGGCUGGUGAUUUUAUGGAGUUUCUUGGAUAAAUGGAUGGUGUUUUGGAAAGGCAAUCAUAGCGUUGGGUUUUACUACGAGGCGAGGGAUAGAACAGCCUCGAUGAAUUGAGUAAUAUUAAACUGUU